GAAGGAAAGUAUUAUUUAGUCGUAUCACUGAAACAUCUGGGUUACACGAUGCAGAUUCAUACCCUAAAUCCUAAUCGGUCGCGUGAAAUGGGUAAAAGUAAAACAAAGCUCUCUACGUGGUUACGUUCUGGCACGCUUGCCCUCUCGGUAUUUCUCCAAAAGUCGUCUACAACUUCUACCUCCUCUGGACGGUCCAAACGGACUAUAGUUUUUAAUAAGUCGUGUUUGCAAUCAUCCACCAGGUAUUCUGAAACUAUCAACCACAACAAUAUCAGAACUACUCGUGAAUCUUCUCCACCAAUUAAACAAGUUUUUCUUUUAAUGAGAAUGAACAAGGAGCGAUCGUCGAAUCUCUUAUUAAUUCCGCAGAGAAAGCAACUUACGAAUUUCUUGUCAAAAAUGAAUUUAAUUCCUUCAGAAAUCGUAAAAAAAUCCGUGGCUAAACAAUGUCCUCCUAUCAGCAACGACUUUAGUGGAAAUUACGAAGUAGCACUUUCUAACAAGGAAAAUAUUGAUGAAGAAAUAGUUAGACGAUUGGUUAAUAAAGAUUUGCAAAAAAGAAAGUUAGAUGAAGUACUUGAGUUAGAAGAGACAGAGAAGGGAAGUAAGAAAAAGAUAUUAGAAUUAGCAAUGAAUGACAAUGAGUAUAUGACAAAGUUCUUGGAAUCAAUAAGGACAGAAGAGAGAAAAGAGCAAGUCCUGCAACUUAGUCUGAGAGUAAUUUUGUUUGCUCUUGGGGGUGUAGUCUCUAGGUUUUUACCGGACUCUGGUGGCUUGGCAGAGGAUAAACGAAGCUCCUUAUUUCGAGUGCCAUCUGCAAACUUGUUUUAUUAA